ACGCAAAGGCUGCACAGUAAAACAACAAAGUGCUCUUUCUACGUUCCGUUCGAUUGUUCCUAGGCCUUUGUUUGAUUCUGUUGUAAAAGGAAAAACACAUUUUCCGCGCGUUGUGCCGUGGAGCAAGUCAAUCUCGGCCAGAACCGCACACCGAAGCACUGGCAGAACCGACCUGUCCGCCGCCAGCAGGAGCAGCGGCGACGACGAGCGCGAUAUCCGAGGAGCAGGAACGGAAGCACACACCGCCUGCUCGAUUGCGACGGAAAAUGUCGAUAUCCGAGUUUCUGAAGGAUCUUCCGUGCCACAAUGAGGAAAACUUUUCCCUGUUCAACACGGAAAAUGGCGUGAAAACUUCCUCCAAGCGGCCCUCGGUCUACAUACCGACGAUAGACAUCCCUUCGGAGCAAGUGAUAGUGAGCGAGAAGAAGAACAUCCUCCUGCGAUACCUGCAUCAGCAGUGGGAGAAAAAGAACGCACCCAAAAAGCGAGAGCUAGAAAAUGCCACCUCCGAAGUGUUCCGCAAACGUCCCCGGCUCGAAACGCGCGACAACAAUAACACAUAAGCGAAUUGCGAUACAAACGAAAUCCACUAUUAGGCAUUACAGAAUGGCAUGACCAAAUGUUCGGAGGCAUCGCGGUGAAUGGCGGAUGCAUGCAGGAUCAGGUUUAAGUCAGAAGCGGAAAUAUCAACAUUAUUCUCAGGCAAUCGCUGCUUUCCCUUUCGUUUUCCGCAUCACCCAAAUUCGUUGAAGAAACAACUACAUUCACCGAUCAAACACAGCGCAUCGCCCGGUGGCCAUAGUGCAGUGGACCAAUAGGUCCCUCCGAUUAACGCAGAGUAGCGUGCGAACUUUAGAUUCAAACACACCCCGAACUGGUCAAAUAUAAAUUUAUCAAGCAGCGAGAUGCCGGAACAUAAAUAUUUGCUUUCAUCACGAUACGUACAAUGAAUGUUAGUUUCCCAUUGUCCCCUUUGGUCACAGUCCAUGCAGUUUGUCAAGCUUUUUUGGAUAGUCCCUGUGCAAGUAACUCUUCAGUCUUUGAUUUUCUCAUUUAUUAGGUUUUAGGUAUUAUCUUUUCCUGCUUUUUUCUGUUUGCGACUUCGAUUUGUGACCUUUCGUCGCAUUUACAACCGUGUUUUUACUUGGAAAAUGUACCCAAAGGGUUUCUCUCUCGUUUCCAUUGGCAAAGCUCCUCGUUUGUUGGUACACGCACGCCGUUUACGAAACCGUAAGAGGAGAGAUUGAACGUUUUCGCGACCUAUUUGAAUUGUAUAUUUUCCCUUUCUUCCGUGCAAACGAACCAAGUCGAUAUUAGCGAACCCAGACGCUACUCCACAAUAGCCUGAGCGCAUCAAUUUCUCUUCCCUUUGCAGUGGUAGGUUAUGCUUAUGUAAUCUGGCCGAGGCAACUUUUUCCAAGUAAUCAAACGUGUAACCCGAGCAGGUCAUUAAUCAUCAAUAAAUAAGAAGUA